UAGCUAGCAUUAGCAGCUGUAGUAGCUUUAUAACAAUAAAGAUGUCAACUACAGAAGAACACACGGCGGUGACUCUUCCCUGCGUGCUAAUAACUAGUUCUGAUAGCAAGUUUAAAGAGGAAGAGCUGAUUAAACAGAUCCUCAACUCAAAGACUUUGCCCGAACCAACUAAGCGAGAAGAAGCAGUGGUCUGGUAUCCCUGGACCAUCAACAAUAAGUAUUAUACAGCAGACGUCUGUCUCUGUGCUGUACCAGACACUUACCGAAUGUCAUCAGAAAUUGCCCAGGCCACACAGGCUUUCAUCGCUUAUUUUGACAGUACAGUGCAAGAUGGCCUGGAAAAGUUACAGCCAUGGAUCUCCGUGGUAGAAGAUCUUGCCCCAGAGGUUCUUAUUCUGGUGUGUGACAGAGUCUGUGAAAAUGGGGUCACCAGACAUGAAGCACAUCAAUGGUGUUUGGCUCAUGCCUUUGAACUAGUGGAGCUCAAUCCACAAGAGCUGCCAGAUGAGGAUGAUGACUUUCCAGAAUCUACAGGAGUUAAGAGAAUUGUCCAGGCUCUCAAUGCCAAUGUGUGGUCCAGUGUGGAGAUGAAGGAUGGGCACAACCAGGGCUUUGAUCUGAUGAGUAGUUUGGUGGCCUCAAGGCACAACAAUCCACGCAGUCGCCCGGACCCACCAUCUUCCAGUUUGCCAGAAGAGGGCACACUUAAUAAUGAGGAGAACAGUCAGACAGAAGGUAGUACCAACUCGACUACACGGGAUGAAGCCAUAGUUGAUGCCAUGACUAACUUGGACAUUCAGGAACUUGCUAAUCUGACAGCUGGAGAUGCAGACGCAGAUAACUUUGAACGGCUCUUUACUAAAUUAAAGGAGAUGAAAGACAAAGCUUCUUCAUUACCCCAUGAGCAGAGAAAGCUUCAUGCAGAGAAAGUAGCAAAAGCCUUUUGGACAGCCAUUGGUGGUGAUGAUGAUGAAAUAGAUGGGCUAUCAUCAGGGGAGGAAAGCUAACAACUGUGACUCUGUCUUCUUUCUCCUGAACCUCCUCCUUUCUUGGGUACCUCAAGAUCUACUGUCCAUUGACAUGCUUCUUGCACUUGGCAAGUGAAGAUACUUACAGGUGUUACUGUAGGCACGAUCACGUUUAAGCAUUUAUUCUUUAAAAUGAAAUGAAUUGAAUGCGUAUGUAUAGUGAGAAGCAUUCACAAGAGAGCAGGUGAGUGGCCCUGACCCUGUCCUGUCCCUUAGGUCCCUCAUUAUGCUUUAAGGCUGGAGUGAAACUCAGCACAAUGAGCUGGUAGAAAAAGAGGAAGUUAUGUGGGCUUCAUGUUGUGUCAUUUUAGGUACAGUUGUCACGUUUUCUAGUGACAUAAUGUGCCUUACCCUCAAGAGGAAUUGUUCAGUGUAAUGCAUCCUUUAAAAUGAACAAAGGCUUGUGAUUGUAA